CCAAUCUGCUGUUCUUUAGACAGUUUUCCCAUUGCCUCAGUUAAAGGAUUUCCACUCCAGAAUCUGCAGCUAAAUGAGAUCAUGAUUUUGGAAGGAGCUGGCAGAAUGAGUAUCAAUUCCAGCAGCAAUCUACUCCACCAGCAGCCUUCCUGGACAGAUGGAUAUUCCACAUGCAAUGUGUCCAGCAGCUUCUUUGGAACCCAGUGGCAUGAAAUACACCCACAGUACUGGACUAAGUUUCAAGUCUGGGAGUGGCUGCAGCAUCUCCUUGAUACCAACCAACUGGAUGCCAACUGCAUACCCUUCCAGGAAUUUGAUAUCAAUGGGGAACAUCUGUGCAGUAUGAGCCUGCAGGAAUUCACUCAGGCAGCUGGGACAGCAGGGCAACUGCUUUAUAGCAACCUUCAGCACCUAAAAUGGAAUGGCCAGUGUGGAAGUGACAUGUACCAAUCUCAUAAUGUUAUUGUGAAGACAGAGCAAACAGAUCCACCAUUAAUGGUGUCCUGGAAAGAAGAGAAUUACCUGUAUGAGAGUGGCUAUGGUAGCACAGUAGAGCUAUUGGACAGUAAAACGUUCUGUCGUGCUCAGAUUUCCAUGACGACACCUAGUCACCAGCCUCCUGAUUUUUCAGAUGUGAAAAAAUCGCAAGAUCAUACCCCAAAGUCCCACACCAAGAAACACAACCCUCGAGGAACUCAUCUUUGGGAAUUUAUUCGAGAUAUUCUUCUUAAUCCUGAGAAAAAUCCGGGGCUGAUCAAGUGGGAAGACCGGUCAGAAGGUGUCUUCAGAUUUUUAAAAUCCGAAGCUGUGGCUCAGCUCUGGGGAAAGAAGAAAAACAACAGCAGCAUGACUUACGAGAAACUCAGCCGGGCUAUGAG